AUGACGUAUCUCACCGGCCAAGUUGUCAUACGCCAACGCAACUUUCAGAACUGUGCAUUUGAAGUCCAAGUCACGAUGGUGGUGAACUCACCGGAGGUCGGGCCUGAGGACAACGGCUUGCGGAGGUGCUCGAGGCCGUUGGUUUGCUGCACGCAGAGGAGUGACUCGCCGGGGAGGAGGGCCUGCUCAUGUGAACCGCCAGAGGUAAGAGGCCGUCGGAGAAUGGUCGCUCACGCUGGUUCACGCCGUUGGUCGCUCUCGCCGGAGAUGGUGUCGAGGGGGAGAGACGCGGCGAUGGAUGAUGGAGGAGGGAGAGGAUGA